UUGACUAGUUUUGAUCAACCAUAAAGGAUGGCAGUAACAGUGUGGCAAACUGUGGGGGCAUCCUCUGCCGCACAAUUACCGCCAUGUCUAAAGGCAUUUAUGUACCAAUACAUUAGUGACCUCAUCGAUCAUAACAACCAAUCCCAGACCAGCUUCCAUGUCCUAGGGGUAGAGAAGUCCAAGGGUACAGCAGCAGGGCUGGACUUUACUACUUUACUCCUCACAAACAUGGCAGCGGUAGAGGCAGACACCAGCGCGGUCAGGGACCAGCACAAGUUUGACGAGCGCAGACUAGAUGACUACCUGUCCAGCCUCCUGCCCGGCUUCAGCUCCAGUCCAGGGGAAGCGCUGACUGUCAGGCAGUACAGAUCUGGUCAGUCCAACCCUACAUUCUUCCUGCAGAAGGGUCAGACAAAGCUAGUUCUCAGGAAGAAGCCACAUGGCCUGCUGCUGCCAGGAGCUCAUCGGAUUGAAAGAGAAUAUGAGGUACAGCAGGCUUUAUUUUCCGCUGGAUUUCCUGUGCCAAGGCCUUUACUUUACUGUAGAGAUGUGACGGUAAUUGGUACAGAGUUUUAUGUGAUGGAACAUGUCCAGGGACGCAUUUUCCGAGAUCUCACACUGCCAGAAGUCAGCCCUGCCGAAAGAUCAGCCUUGUACGUCGCUGUCUCUGAAACUCUUGCCCAACUUCAUUCAUUUAACGUACAUACACUAAAACUUACUGGAUAUGGCAAGGGAAAUGGAUAUUGCCAGAGGCAGGUCUCUACAUGGAAGAAGCAAUAUGAAAGAGCAGCUCAUAGAGAAAUACCUGCAAUGAACCAACUGGCAAACUGGUUACUCGAGAAUGUGCCAACCAAUGACAAUGAAGAAUAUCUCAUUCAUGGAGAUUUCAGGAUUGAUAAUAUAAUUUUCCAUCCAACUGAGGCUCGUGUAAUCGCGGUACUUGACUGGGAACUCUCUACUAUUGGACAUCCUUCAUCUGACUUGGCUUAUUUUACCUCACCUUUUUUUUGGCCUCAAGGUGUCCAGUUCUUGGGAAACACAAGUAACAAAUCCUUUGCAGACAUUGAAGGAAUGCCGGCAUUUGAGGAUCUGGUUAAUAUUUACAACCGCUGUCGAGGUGUUUCUUCACAAGUGCAUGACUGGAAUUUUUUUCUUGCUCUUACCUUUUUUAAGCUUGCUGGGAUAUUACAGGGAAUUCACGCAAGGUUCCUACUUGGAAAUUCUAGUGGAGAGAAUGCCAGCAUAUUUGCUGACAUGGUUCAACCUUUGGCUGAAAAUGGUUUAAGACUAGCUAAAAGAGAAAAAGCAGCUGUUCAGCUGUCCAACUCUACCGGGGAGCUGUUCCUGCUUAGUGUUAAAGGGCAACGCGUUUUGAAGCAAGUGAAGCAGUUCAUGCAGCAGCACAUCCUUCCUGCACAACAGGAGGUUUCAGAGUAUUAUACCAAAUAUGAAAACUCACCACUUAGAUGGAAGAAACCAUUGGUCAUAGAUAAGCUUAAGGAAUUGGCAAAAUCUGAAGGAUUGUGGAACUUGUUUCUGCCUGCUGUCAGUGGGCUAAGUCAGACCGACUAUGCCUACAUUGCAGAAGAAACUGGCAAAUGCUUCUUUGCUCCAGAAGUUUUUAAUUGCCAAGCACCAGAUACUGGCAACAUGGAGGUGCUUCACAUGUAUGGCACAGAGGAGCAAAAGAAACAAUGGCUUGAGCCUCUACUUGCAGGAGAAAUCCAGUCUUGUUUCUGCAUGACUGAGCCUGAUGUAGCUUCCAGUGAUGCCACCAACAUGGAGUGCAGCCUCAUCAGAGAUGGCGAGAGCUACAUAGUAAAUGGAAAGAAGUGGUGGAGUAGUGGUGCGGGAAACCCAAACUGCAAAGUAGCAAUUGUAAUGGGUAAAACUGAAAAUGUCUCCACCUCCAGAAAUAAGAAGCACAGCAUGAUCCUUGUUCCCAUGGACACGAAAGGUGUAGAGAUCAUAAGAGCGCUGAAAGUGUUUGGAUAUGAAGAUACCCCUCAUGGAGGACACUUUGAAGUACAUUUCAGAAAUGUGAGAGUUCCCGUAACUAACAUGAUUCUGGGAGAGGGCAGAGGUUUUGAGAUUGCUCAGGGUCGCCUUGGCCCUGGCCGCAUACAUCACUGUAUGAGGACUAUUGGGGCGGCUGAAAGUGCUCUUCAGCUUAUGUGUGCCAGAGCUGCACAGAGAACAACAUUUGGGAAAAAACUAUACCAUCAUGAAGUGGUUGCUCACUGGAUAGCAGAAAGUCGUAUUGCAAUUGAACAAGCCAGAUUGCUCACACUGAGAGCAGCAAAAGCCAUAGACACAGUUGGAAGUGCAAAAGCCCGGAAAGAGAUUGCAAUGAUUAAAGUCGUAGCGCCUAGAAUGGCAUGCCUAGUGGCUGAUCGGGCAAUCCAGGUAUUUGGAGGAGCUGGAGUAUCGCAGGAUUUUCCAUUGGCUUUCAUGUACACAGCUGUCCGGACUCUCCGCAUUGCUGAUGGUCCUGAUGAAGUUCAUCUGUCAGCCAUAGCAAAAAUGGAAUUGUUUGAACAAGCAAAGCUGUUGUCAAAAAUGUAAAACUAUCCUUGAUUGUUUCCAAAAAUUAGUUAAAGGGGUACUCGGGUGAAAAACUUUUUU